AUGUCAGGUUUGAAAACUUCUGCUAAAUGUGUUUUAUACACUUCAAAAGGUGACUUGGAAGUUGAGUUAUGGGCUAAGGAAUGUCCAUUAACAUGCCGCCAUUUUAUAGAAUCUAGUCAAAGAGGAAACUUUAAUAAUGACUCCUUUAACAAUUACAUCAAGGGUAAAUAUUUAUCGUUGGUACGAUCCACUGGUAAUGGACAGUCUGAAAAGUUACAUUCUAUUGAAUAUAAUUCAAGAUUAUCUAUAUCGCAAGAUGGGAUAUUAAGUUGGGAUAUUAAGAACGAGACAUUUUUAAUUAGUACAGAUGAGUGGCUAAAUUAUCCUCGUAACGAGUUAACUAUAUUUGGUAAGUUAGUUGGAGGAUCGAUUUAUAAACUAAGGGAAUGGUUAAGAAAUGAUCUAGAAAAUGACUCUCAAGGUACAAAAUUUAUAUAUCCACCUAUCAUCAACAACAUCGAAAUUACAAUACCAUACUUCAAUGAUAUAUCUGCAGAUCAGCCUCGAGAAGAUAAGCCAGCAAUGCCCUCUGAACCUCCCAGGAAAAAAAUGAAGUCAGUGGCUAAGGUGAAACUCAGUUUUAAUGAUGAUGAAGAGGAUGAGGAAGAAUAUGGUGAUUUAAUACCGAUGAAAACAAAAAUAAGAAUGAAAGCUUCACCUUUAUUAUAUCGUAGACAAAAGAAACACAAUACAAAAAUAAAAUCUGAACCUUCUGAAGUUGAUAAUAGGAAUACUAAGGAAAUUCCAACUGAUAAAUUUUCCGAAAGUUCAUCAGAUGCACCCAGCGAAUUUAAUGAUACUACAUCAACAAUUCAGAAUAAAUCCAAUAAAAAAGUCGAUCCAAUGGCUCUUUUAGCUAAAAUGAGAGCCGCUAAUAAUGGUAAAAACAUUUUUUCAUAA